AUGGGGACAAAGAGGGAUUACUAUGGCGAAUCCCAAACCUACCUGAAAGAACUAAGAGCCAGGCUUCAAGACCAGCCGGAAAAAUUAAGCAGCUUUUACCGAGUCAUGGAAGAUAUCAGGGCUCAAAGAGAUGAGCGCUCAGGGAGACUGGAAAAGGUAUCCGAUGAUGUCUUGGCAAGACUGAAGGCAAUUCUUGAAGGUCACUGUGACCUGAUACGCGGGCUCAACCUUUUCCUGCCGCCCUCGUAUAGAUUUGGCGUGGAUGACGACGACGAGGCAGCAGAGGUAGAAGAGGAGGAUGAGAAGGAAACUGCGGCUGCUUCAGCAGAGAAAACGAUGAUGUUACCUGGAUUUGAAGACGCUAAGGAUUUUAUAAACAAGCUAAGGAUGCGUGGUGGCAAGGUUUGGGAUGAUUUUUUGAAGGUUUUCGGACAGGUCAAGGACAGGAGGGAUCUCUACGAAAUUAUUGCCCCUCUGUGCGGAGACGAUACUGAUUUACUAGAGGGUUUUCAUAGAUUUAUGCGAGCUUCUGAAGCAAUUCCAGUAGCAUCUGAUCAUGUUCCAGAUUCUCAAGAUAAAGAUGUGAACGAUGGUGAAGCAGAAGCAAUCAAGGUUGACGAGCAGCAGGAGAAGCAGCCUGAAAAUAUUAAGGUGUGCGAAGAGAACGGCAAGGAAAGAAAACUUGUCAAGAAGGUAGGAGGAUUUACAGUGAAAGCUGGUGGCAAGGUGGUCAUGGAAAAGCUCUUUGAGGAUGGACUUUGCUUUUUCGAGAAAGUUCGGAAGAAGUUAUCCUGCAAGAUCAGCUAUCGCACUUUCUUAAAGUUGUUCUUCUAUUACACCACCGGAAAAUUAAGAAAGGCUGAAUGGAAUGAAAGGAUAGCUGCUGUGAUCGGAAAGCAUCCUGAUCUCAUGGAUGAGUUCCGGCUUUAUGUUCGGAAUUGCGAGAAGGUUCAGGUAUUCAGGAAAAAGUUUGAAGAAGAAGAUGAAGUGCAGAAGAUUGAAACAAGGGGAUGCAAACAAAGGGACAGAAAGAGGAGGAAGUAUCUCUAUAAAUCCAUUCAAGAACUUGAUCUCUCUCAUUGCAAAAGGUGUACUCCUAGUUAUCUAUGUCUCCCAAAAGACUAUUACAGUCCUUCUAAACACAAUAGAAUAUCGGAAGCCGAACUGCAGGUGUUGAAUAAUCAAUUUCUGUCAGUGCCUUCAGGAACUGAGGACUUCUUCACUAGGAAGAGCCAUGAAAAUGAACAAAUCUUGUUUGAAUGUGAAGAUGAUAGAUACGAGACGGACAUGCUAAUUGGUUGGUUUAGUUCAGCUGUUGAAUAUGCAGAAGAAUUGGAAAAAAGCACUGCUGAUGAUAAUGAAGUGAAAAAAGGGAGCCGGACAAUCUUUUUAAGGUGUCUCGAACGUUUAUACGACGACCAGGGUCUUGAGGUACUCCAAAUAUUCAAUGAAGAUCCUCAACAUGCAUUGCCUGUCCUAAAAGUCCGCUUGCAGCAAAAACUGAAGGAGCUGAAAGAUUAUCAAGAUGAACUUCAAAAAUUUUUCGCAAUGUAUAUACUAUAA